CCAACCCCCUUCGACUCCUCCGUCGGCCUCACCGUCCUCGUCCUCCUCACCGCCCUCUUCUUCAUGGGCUUCUUCUCCCUCUACAUCCGCCGCUUCGCCGAGGGCGCCGACGCCGCCGCAGCCUCCCGCCGGGCCCGCCGCCCCCUCCGCCGCGGCGGCCCCAGGGGGCCGAGCCCGCCGCACGCGCCGCCGGGGGGGCGCCCGCCGUGCUCGGCGGCGCGCAAGGGCCUCGACCCCGCCGUCAUCCGGUCGCUGCCGGCGUUCGCCUACGGCGGGGGCGGCGCGAAGUACCAGGCGGAGUGCGCCGUGUGCCUGAGCGACUUCGAGGAGGAGGAGGUGGUGAAGGCCAUCCCGCGGUGCUCGCACGUGUUCCACGCGGACUGCAUCGACCGGUGGCUGUGCGCGCACGUGUCGUGCCCCGUCUGCAGGGACGCGCGGUUGAUGGAGGCGGCUCGGACCGCGAGCGAGCUCGGGGGCGGAUCGACGGCCGCGAGCGGCGACACGUGUCUGGAGAUCCGGGGCGGCGGAGGAGGGGGAGGAUCGGGUGUGAGGAGGAGCAGCAGUUGGUCGAGCACCUUAGCGUGGGAGGGGCGUUCCUUGGAGAGGACGAUGAGUUUCUGAGGGGCCCGUGCGGUUCCGUACAUGUGUUUUUUUUGUUCCCUCGCACGUGUGAAUGUAAAGAGGCUGUCGGCUUUGAACAAUUCAUGAAAUAUUUGUAUACUUACAAUUCGCUACCGAUGAAACUCCCUGUUCCAUCACGAUGGAGUCUCAAUUUAUGGACCGAUUUGAAAGACUUCA